CUCCCUCCCUUCUCUUCCUCGUGCCAAAACCCCAACCAAACCAACCACCAAAUCAUCCCACACAAACACCACAAGCUCAUCGAUCCCUCUCUCAAUUAUUAUUCGAGACAAGAUCAAUUAAUUGCAAGAAUGAUCCAUCAAAGAGACGGCGAUCAUCUAAUGGAGGAGUCGACGACGAUGGCGCGGCGGCUGUGGCACGUGGUGCGCGCCGUGCUGUUCAUGCUGCGCAAGGGCAUGUCCAAGCGGAAGCUCGCCAUGGACCUCCACCUCCUCCUCCACCGCGGCAAGAUCGCCGGCAACAAGGCCCUCGGCAAGAUCAUGAACACCACCACCGCCACCGCCUCCCACGGCCACGGCCACGCCGCUGACGCCGCCUCCACGGCGGCGGGGGAGGCGGCGGCGGCGGCGCCGUUCUCGUGCGGCCGCGCGCUCGACCCGGCGCUCGCCGUCUACGACCCGCGCGGCGCCGGCCUGGAGGUGGAGUUCAGCUGCAGCAACACCCCCUCCUACCCGUCGUCGUUCCAUCUCAUCCCCACCAAGCGCCGCCGCCGCAACAACAACGGCAGCAACGGCCGCCGCCGCGGCGGCGGCGGGCGCGGCGCGAACGGCGGCGAGCCCGGGUGGUACAACUACGACGCGGCGGACAUCGCCCGCGUCUUCGAGAUCCUCAACAGCAGCGACCAGCUCCUGGGCGACGGCGGCGCCGCCGUGGCCGCGACGCCGUCGCCGGCGCUGUGGCGCACCAGCUUCGGCGGCCGCAGCCCGGCGCCGGUGAGGCAGCUCCGGAUCACCGACUCGCCGUUCCCGAUCAGGGACGACGGCGGCGAGGACGCCGGGGCCGGGCUGGUGGACCUGGAGGCGGAGGAGUUCAUCAACAAGUUCUACGAGCAGCUGCGCACGCAGCAGCAGAGCCUCGCCACCGCCACGCCGGACUACUACGCCGGCUACUCUCGGCCGGUCACCGGCGUCGCCUACUAGCCGGCCGGCCGCCGGCUGGUCACCGGCGAUGCAUGCGUGUCAAUUUGCACAACUUUUUGUGCCUUAGUGUGAAGUGUGCAUGUAGCCACGUAGUACGUACUAGUAUAUAUGUGUUUGUAUAUGUACAUGGAUGAAGCAUGUUUUGUAGAGAAGUGUCCACUGCACUGCAAUAGUUUUCCUCUUAAGAGCUGAGAGAUUUUGCAUGCUUAGAAUCCAUGCAUAUAUGUAUAUGCACUAUAUUAAUAAAUCUAGAAUUAAUAGUACUUAUUAUAUACUAGUACUGUAUUAGCCUAGGUAGUAGCUGCUAGUACUGUGCAAUCUUGCCUAGCUUGUUUAUGUUGAUUGAUCAAGCUUGUGUGCAAAUAUGAUUGAUGAAUUAAUAGAAUUCAAGUCAUGAAAAAAAGAAGCUAUGUAUAUAUGUACGUCUAUACAUGGGAGGCUCAAUGAUUUGAUUGGAAUAUUUGGCUGAUAUA